UCAACCGUUCGUUCUCCGCCUAUCACAAAAUUCCAACUAAAAAUUCUUAAAAAAAAUUUCAAUUGAAAUUUCAAAAACCCACAAAAAGCGUCCCAGUAUGAGCGAUUUGAGCGAGUUCGCCCUGGACCGCCACUUUGCCUCCCAGCUGCGCAACCUGCAGUCCUAUUCUAAGGAGCACCCUGUCAGCCAAGAGGACCACGACAUUAGCCAGCGCUGGAUGCAACAAUUCCAAGAAGCCAAGGGUCUGGAUAAAUUCGCCCGCAACUGCAUGCUGCUGAUGAUGUUCAACCAGUUGCGAGAUAUUGGUCACUUAAGUAAACCCUUCACCGAACUGGCGAACUUGAGCCGCUCCAUGGACGAUUUGCUGAACGAGUACAAUGGGACGACGGCGGUGGAGGAGGAGCAGCAGCAGCAGCCGCCGCCGGCGGUUGAUGAUGUGCAGGACGCGGAAACCAAUGUCUCGAACUAUGGGAGUAGUCGUCUCUCGCAAGAGAUGACCCCAAUGCAUCCCAUUUCCAUUCCCGAAUUCGAGAGCAUUAAGCUAGCUAACCAGGAUCUGCUAAAGGAAAUCGACUCACUGCACAGUCGCACGGUGGAAACGGAAAAGCUAUUCAUCAGCAAGAACCAAGUUCUGGAGAGGCAGAUGGUCGGAAAGUCGGUGGUGCCCAAAUCGGAACUUGUUCAGGAGAAUAUCUAUCAAGCCUGCCGUGCGGCCAUUGAUCUUCUAAAGAAUUGGCAGGGCGAGUCAGAGCGACUCAAUUUUCUGGCCACCUGCCUGGAGCCCAUUCUCCGGAAUGAUGUGCCCACCAGUUUGCAGAUCUCCGAGUUGGAUAUCAGCUUGGAGAAUACUCUGAAUGGCAUGGUGACACAGGCCUGCUCACGAAGGGACGACAAUGUGCGCAUGCUGUAUGACCACAUUUUGAGGCACGACAAGAACGACUUGAAGGAAAAGAAGGACAAGCUGCGCCGAUUGCAGGACUCCAUGAGGCUAGAGCGCCAAAGAUUGCUAGUUCUAGCCGAGGACUUAAAACGCCGGGAGGACUUGAUUUGGAGGCACCAGGCCCUCGCCACGAUCGCAAUUACAGGACUUUCCUCCGAGGAGCAACGCAGUCCCAGUGACUCAAAGUGUAAGUCGUGUUCGAAAGAAAAAUCCGUCGGAAAAGGACUUCUGGAUCCCUUCAGCAGGAGCAGCAAUGUUGUAACAGCCAAAAGUGUCGUAGAUCUGGAAAAAUUAUCCGACGAACUGAGCGAUCUGUCCAUAGACAAAUGGUAAUCCUCUUGCGAAAACCGCUGCCAAGCACACGUUUUUAUAUAUUUCUUUAUUUUCUUGUUGGCAUCAAUAAAUUGUUGAGUUGCUUUUAAAACUU